AUGGUGAACAUUGAUCCAAACACUUCAUCUAACGGUGGCUUGAACUCAACGUCGUCCAUUGACAUAGCUUCAAGUAAUGUAACAGAUUCCUCAUCUACUGUGGUUUCCAUGGCUUCCGCAAACGUUUCAGGUGAUAUUUCCCUUCUAAGUCUCUCGUCUUCAAAUUCCACCUCGACUACCACUAAUAGUAGUACCGAUGGGGUCGUCAAGACUGAAUCCUUUUCAAAUGCUCCCACAAGUAACCCUGUGAUAACUUCGACCCCUACAACGACUACAACAGCAACCCGAUCUCCGCCCUUGAAAAGACCACGACACAAACCAGGUGAACGAAAGGAGCUACUUGAAAGAGCUGUGCGUGAUGUGAAAAUGGAGAAUAUUUCAAUGCGCAAAGCGGCAUCGCGGUACAACCUGGCAAAGUCUUCUCUAUGUGAUUAUGUCCGCAAGAACCAUAUUGUACUUCCAAAUAAUCGAUGCCGACCAAGUGCUACUGCGUCGGCAGCUGCCGCAGCAACAGCAGCGAAUAAUUCAAAUUCCACCAAUCAUCAAAAUCAUUUAGGAGGAGGUUCUUUACUUUCUGCGAUGCAACAACAGUCUUUGAAUCAUGCAGGUGGGGAAGGAUUGCUCAGCCUCUCUGUCGAGUCGAUGAGAAAUGCUCACCCUACCACGGCGAAACUCGAAAGCCCCUGGAGCAAUGUUCCUGGUCUUCCAACUCAAGUGCCUAUGCAUAAUUGGAGCUCUUUUCCCUUGACCUCUUUCAAAACUUUGGGUGGUUUGUCACAUAUUUCAUCGGCCCCAUCGCCAAAGCAACAACACAACGAAUUAUCCAGUAGUGAUCCACAUUCUCCGCUUGAAGACAGCUUCAACGGAAACACGGCUGUGAAUACCUCAUCUUCUACUUCCUUUAUUUGUACCCCACUUACUUCAGAUACGGUGGAAGGACAGUCCAUCACUUCAACAGCGCCUUUCUUCAAUUCCGCACCAGCUACAGCAGCUCAACUUCUCAAUUCUUCUAAUGUUGAUGCUGCGCGUUCCUUAGCAACAAUUUAUGCCGCCUCAACUCAACAACAGAACAACUCCAAUAGUAACAACGCCAAUUCCCAACUUACUCCCAAUCUACUGCCAACUAUGACCCAAUCGACGCCAACUCUUCCUAAUGCCGCAACUGUCGCUACUUCUGUACCAUUAGUCUUUCCCAACUCUGAUACUAGUGUAUUGAAUGAAUCCCUUCAGCGUUUUCUCCUCGCUGCCCGCGGACAAGCGAAUUUUGGAGAUCUAUUCCUCCCGCCACCUUCGCCCUCACCAAUGGUCAGUUGUUUCUCUUCGAUUCCUGCAGAAAUGAGGAGUAAACUCAACCUGCCGAACAUUCUCAACUCUCUCAUUUCCGCUAAUACUACUGAUGCCAACUCCUCGACAAAUGCUCCUGUUAUUAGUAGUGCUAGUUGUAGUGCUGCUACUGCUGCUGCUGUUGUCAUUGAUAAUGCCAUUGCUCGUAUGCCACAUUCACAAAAAGUCGCCAAUGAUCUCAUUCGCUUCAUCAAUAUGUCACCAACGCCCUUCCAUGUGGUUCAAUCGGCAGUUGAGAUGCUGAAGAAGGCUGGUUUUUGUCAAUUGUUGGAGCGGGACGUGUGGAAUCUCCAACCGAAUGAUUGCGUCUUUGUUACAAAGAACCAAUCUACCCUCUUUGCCGUGGCUGUUGGUGGAGCCUACAAGCCAGGCGAAGGCUUCAGUAUGAUUGGAGCUCAUACGGACAGCCCUUGUCUGCGUCUCAAGCCCAUCUCUAAACGCGUCAAGGAGGGCUUUGUCCAGUUGGGCGUUCAAACCUAUGGCGCUGGUCUCUGGUACACGUGGUUUGAUCGGGAACUCACGCUCGCUGGUCGAGUUAUUGUGAGAAAUCCGAACUCCAGUGUCCUUGAAGAGCGUCUCAUACAUAUUAAUCGCCCGCUGGCUUGUGUCCCGUCACUGGCAAUCCACUUUAAUCGCAAUGUUAACACUGGUUUUGCUCCUGAUCCGGAAAACCACCUAGCUCCCAUCAUUUCUACUACCGUUAUGGAACAGCUAAACGGUGGUGAUGAUGACGAGAAUUCAAUCGGAGGCCAUCCUUCUGGCUUGAUGCGUUUAAUUGCGACGGAGUUACAGUGCGCUACAGCUGAUAUAGUUGACUUGGAACUGUAUCUAGCUGCCACUCAACCAGCUUGUGUAGGUGGGCUUCAUGGCGAAUUUAUUCAUGCACCUCGUUUGGAUAAUCAGUUUAGUGCCUUCACGUCAUUGAGCGCAUUAGUUAAUUCACUGCCAAGCCUGAAGGAUGACCCCAAUAUUCGGGUGGUCUGUCUUUAUGAUCAUGAGGAGAUUGGCUCGGAGAGUUGCCAGGGUGCUGCAUCUGUCCUUACGGAGCACUUUCUGCGUAGAAUCAUUCAAUCUCUUGUGAACGGAGCUGCAGUUGAGACAGCUGAUAGUAAUUGUGGCGGUUCUAACGCAAUGGACACUACUACUUCUAGUCCUACAACGGAAGGUUGUCUUUUUGAGCGAUCACUGGCCCGUUCCUUCUUCUUGUCUGCUGAUCAGUCGCAUGCUGUUCAUCCUUCGUGGCCGGAAAAACAUGAACCUGCCCAUAAACCUGCCUUUCAUCAAGGUCUGGUUUUGAAGCAUAAUGUCACACAGAGGUAUGCAACCAAUGGCCAGACUUCAGCUAUCGUAAAAGAAAUCGCAAAACGCUCUAAUGUACCACUUCAGGAGUUUGUUACACGUCAGGAUGCGCCAUGCGGUGCUACCAUUGGACCAAUUAUAGCCUCGCAUCUUGGUGUCAUGACUGCCGAUAUCGGGGGUCCUCAAUUGGCAAUGCAUUCGUGCAGGGAGAUAACUUGUACUUCUAGUGUUGGCUACGCGGUGGCUUUAUUCACGGGGUACUUUGACCAGUUGGCUAACAUUAUGACAGGCUAUGUCAAUGCUAAGUAA